AUGGACAAGACAACUGUCGCGAACGCUUCUCAAAAAGAUAACGCCGCCGCCACCACCACCACCACUAGCACGAGCAAGAGUACCGGCGCCAGUAGUUCGGGUCCCUCAGUCAGCGGCAGUUUGGGCUCCACAUCAAAGUGCAGUACGAUUCUCGAGACCAUACUGUGCGAAAUGGGCCAACAGAAGUUUGAGUGCGUUCAGCAUUCGACUGACGAUACACGUUGGAAAUUUCGCCAUCCGAACACGCCGUUGCUCGUUGAGAUCGAUCUUCGUAUAUAUGAUGAUGCAUCCGCGAAGUGUGCCCACGUAACAGCUAGCAUAUAUCAUCCAUCAGGACGUCGUUUUUUGGAGCCAGUGAUCUUAAAAGAAAGAAGUGAUGAUUUGCGAGAGAAGGUUGCUGAUUGGUUGGUCUCGCCGCUCAAAUUGGCCCUAUUUGGACAUGAGAACACAUUCCUACGCUUCUUGGGGAACAGCUCGGUUGCAGAACAUCUCUUCAUACUGUUGACCCCAAGGAGUAUACUGCGACUGGAAAGAAUCAACAAAUACGCUCUGGAAGUAUGCCGAAGUUCAAAAUUAGAAAGAGUUUGGCAAAUUUUCCUUGAACGAGAUUUUGGUAAAGGUAUCAUCAUCAAAAAAGGCGAGUCUUACCGUGAAGCAUAUAAAAGAAUGUACAGCGAACAGGCGCAGAGAAGACGGGCUGCUGCUAUUGAUUAUGAGCGAUAUCCGGUGGACCCGCACUGGAUUACUGAUCCGAAUCCGUCGUAUCCGAACAGACCGCGAAUAGAUCCAGACAUGCCUCAGGGUCCGUUUCACCCUCUACCUGCUCAUCCAUUCAUUCCGCCUAUGAAUCCCUUCCCGUCAGUGCCUCGCCCAGGAAAUCCUCUUGAGCCGAAUCCUCUUGAUCCUCUCCGUGGAAGCGAGUUGUUGCCAAGUCGUCCCAUUCGACCCAGUGGCAUGCCAAGGCAAUUGCCUCGUCGCGGUCCGGAUUUUCAGGACAGAGGCUUUGAUGGCUUUGUAUAG